AUGAUCUCCAUCUUCCAGGCUGUGGCCCCCUAUGUGCUCCUUCUGGGGGUCAUGAGGGCGGCUGACGGGAUGCCAGACCCCGCCCAGAGGGACCUGCUGAUGCGUCAGGAGGCGUCCAGGCAGACCGGGGGCCGGGUGGCCCUGACUGCGGCCGAGCAGAAGCUGGGAGCGUACCUGCACCGGCAGAAGGAGCUGGAGAUGUCUGCUGCCCAGUUCCCACCGGCCAUUCACUUCUUCAAAGCAAAGCCUCUCAUUCAGAAGAGCUCCAUCUUCAAACUGCUGCAGAAGAUGCCUAAAGGUGCAGCCCUCCACAUCCACGGCUCCACCCUGGUCGGCGUCGACUGGCUGGUGAAAAACGUCACCUACAGGCCUCACUGCUACAUUUGCUUCACGUGGGACAACUCGGUCCGCUUCCUGUUCUCCGACCGCCAGCCGUUCCCCCGGUGGGACUGCUUCUACUGGCAGCUGCUUGAGACUCUGCGAGCCAAAAUAGGAGACCUCACGAGCUUUGAUAGCAGUUUGAUGCAGCACCUCACUCUCUUCACCGACGAUCCAGACAACGAGUAUCCAGACCAGGACGUUGUGUGGGAGAAGUUUGAGAAAGCCUUCAUCGCAGCAGCGGGGCUCAUCACCCAUGCUCCUGUGCUGAGGGACUACUUCUACAAGGGCCUGGAGGAGCUCCACCAAGACAACAUCAUGUAUCUGGAGCUCAGGAGCGGCAUCUCCAAGACGUACGAGCUCGACGGAACCAUUCACGAUAAGGUCUGGACUCUGAAGACGUUUCAAGAGGUCACAAAGAAAUUUGUCGCUGAUCACCCAGACUUUCUUGGUGCUCGCAUCAUAAUUUCUGUCCACAGGGCUCUGAGUGUGUCUGAGGUCAAAGAAGCCAUAAAAGAGGCCAUUCAGCUGCAGAAGAACUUACCAGACGUCGUGGCAGGGUUUGACUUGGUCGGCAGGGAGGACAGCGGCAGGUCUCUGUGGUACUUCAGGGAGGCGCUCUCCAUGCCAGCUGACCUGGGGGUCACGCUGCCGUACUUCUUUCAUGCGGGAGAAACAGACGGCGAAGGCACCGACGUGGAUCAGAACGUCCUCGAUGCCCUUUUGUUCAACACCACACGCAUUGGGCACGGCUACGCUCUGGCACACCACCCGCUGGCUAAAGAGCUUUCCAGGAGAAGAAACGUGGCUGUGGAGCUGUGCCCCAUCUCAAACCAGGUGCUGAAGCUGGUUUCAGACCUGAGGAACCACCCGGCCGGUGUGCUGAUGUCCGAGGGCCACCCGAUGGUGAUCAGCUCCGACGACCCGUCUCUGUUCGGCACCACCGGCCUCUCCUACGACUUCUAUCAAGCAUUUGUGGGCAUCGGAGGCUUGAAAGCAAACCUGGGGACUCUGAAGGAACUGGCUCUCAACUCCAUCAGGUACAGCUCGCUGCCGGACCACCUGAAGGACAGGGGCUGCGUCAUGUGGCAGAACCAAUGGGACGCUUUCAUCGCUCAUCAUUCCUGA